CUCAUACCCUGCGAUUCCUUGCCCUCUCAUCUUCUGCCGAACUAGCCUUCCUCCUUGAAAUUUAUUCUCUCUCACCAUGAAGAAGACAAUCUCCAAGGUUUCCAAGAUCUUCAAUGGUAGUAAGAAACCCAAGGAGGACGAGAAUGUUUCCUCCAUCACUCCUGCGCAGUUGGGGGAGAUGAGGGGAGUCAUUCCUCCUGAUUAUGGCGUCCAGGAAGCCACGGGUACUACUUUGGAGCGCAAUCCUGACAUCUCCCGCCGACUGGUCAUCCACUAUGACUCGGUUAGGAUGGGAUGCCGCUUCCCUCUCCAUCCCCUCUUGAUCGAACUUUGCAACCGCUACGCCAUACCUCCCGGUCAGAUUUCCUCGAACUCCCACGAGAGUCUUUUUGGCUUCUUGGCGCGGUGUCACAAGAGAGGCAUCCAACCCACUCCGAAGCUCUUCCUCUCUUUCUUCCGUCCACAUAAGUACGACAGUGAGUUGGGCCGGGGGUACGUGAGUUUCAUGGCCCGGACCGAUAUGCAGUUUUUGGACAGCCCCGUUGACAAACUUGAUGACUUGUUCCGCCGCUUCUUCGUGGUGGUAGUCCCGGAGAACCUCCCCUUCCCCAAUGUGUCUCCCGAUAUUCCUCUUCAAGAGCCGUCGAGAAACACAACUUUCUCUUGGGUUCCUCCUUUCAGGAGCACUCGACUCCGUCGGCGAUCUUCUCAAAGGGAUCCUUCCCCGGAGGAGGACACCGAGGGCGAAGAGGCUGGGUCUGUGACUGGGACCCAACCUAUGCUACUUGCCGACCGCCCUCAUCUUUCGGAAGAGGUGGUGGUCGAGGAAGUCUCUGACGACGACGACCUCUACGACUUCCCUCCGGGGACCUUGAGGGGGUCCGGUCUUAUCCCCGGUGUUCCCCAUACUCCUCUUUUUGGCAGGGGGCUCCUCUUUCUGCCCAGUUCAUGGGCCCGUUGGGUUUCCAUCCUCAACCCACUGGGACCUUUCCCAUUGGGCGCGCCACCGGUUCACAAGGGUCCCUUGAACCGCCACAUGUCCAGGUGGCCGGAAUUGGGAUUCCGUGUAACACUGAAUCUCCAUGGGAAUAUUCCCCCUCCUCUGGCUGUGGGGGGGAAUGAGGCAAUUUCCCAGCCCCAACCGUCCACCGCCAUAAAUUUUGCAGAGUCAGCGGCGGAGAACAUUUUUGGGACGCCCCUUGGCCAGGGCGGUGUUCCUCUCCCUCGAGCAAAUAUCCAUCGGUCCUUUAGGGAGACGGAGGAAAAAAUUCGGUCCUCCAGUUUUGGGAAGGUUAUUGUCCCAUCAUCCGUCCGUCCCACUGCUGUUCCCGGUCCAUCAACUCAGGAGACCGGGUCUUCUUCUUCUUCCCAGGCCCAUCACAAGAGGGGCCGGAAUUCCACUCCUCUCCCAGGCUCUUUGGUGUCCGCCGGUCCUUCCAUGGGGACCGCUGAUCACUUCUUUGGGACCGCUGGUGAUGGGUCUCCUUCCGGGCAAGGGAGUCAGCCCUUUCCCUAUGCCCGGGAGGCCUAUCAGUACACAGGGUACACGGCCUGGGUUGGACGGGAUUUCAACAGCAAGCUUCAAAAGAUACAACAGCUUAAAAGGGACCAUCCAGAUGUGAUUCACAGCCCAGUUUGGCCGUUUAUGCAGGAGGAGUAUACUCGUAUGGCCGAUUAUGUUGCCACUUCCUCUGCUCAGCGCCAUUCCCUUCACCUAUUGGACCGCAAUGCUGCUUUAUCAAAGGAGCUGCGGGAUUUCAAAUCUCGGCACUCUAUUUGUGUCGAGCGCCCGGAAUACGAUCGGGUUUUGUCGGAGAACGACCAGCUCUACUCUGACCGCGAGCAGCUUUCGGCCAAGAGAUUCGAGGAGGAGCUGGAGCGAACGUGGCGUCGCCGAUCCGAAGAAGAGGCAAGGAAGGCGGCGGAAGAGGUUGAGCAGAGGUGGCGUCUCCAGCAUGAAGAAACCGAACGUCGACUUUCCCAACGGGUUGACAAGCUAAACCUAACCAUUAUGGAGGAGACGCGUUCAGCUCGGAGUUCCCUUGAUGAGGCCCGCCGCUCGCUCGAGAAUGAACGUCUUACAUAUGAGGGACAUAUGGCUCGAAUGGAGGCCGAUCGCAUCUCAGAUUACGGUAGAGGUUUCUAUCGUGGAGGAUUGGAGGUCGAGCAGAAGUUUUAUCAUGGCCUGGAGCCCUAUUCUGAUGGGCAAGAUCCUUGGUUGAAGUUCCCAGGCAUCCCAGGACCCAUGGGACCAGAGCCCUCUUUUCUCCACUCCCCUCCCCCAUCUUGAAUCACUGCAAUUUGUUUAGGAACGGUCCUCCUGUGUUCUUCUUGUAUUAAUUUCUGCUUAUCGUUGUAAGGACUUGUCCG